AUGCUUAUUGAUAUCCAAAUUAAAUCUGAGUUCACUGGAUUUGUUGUUUUUGCUUCUGGAACUGAUAUCCAAAUUGAUAAAAUGGCUAGCAUUGUUACUUCUUUGAAAAGGAAGAGAAAUUGGGACUAUAUUCGGUUCAUAGUUACUAUGAUUAAUUGUGUUGUGUUGCUACAUUUGAUGUUGUACUCGAUGAGAAAAACUAUAUACGAUUCCCAUUAUGUUAAGCUUAAUAAAAAAACUAGGAGAAAAAUGAGAUUGCACAACUUGAAUAGAAUGAUUAGAGAAAGUGACACUUUGUGUAGGAACUAUUUUCGUAUAAAUCGAUACACAUUUGGUGUUCUUUUAGAGAUGGUUAGAGAUAUUGGUGGAUUAAAUGAAACAAGAAACACAUGUUUGGAAGAGAUGGUUGCGGGUUUCUUAUACACAUUAGCUCACCAUAAGAAAAAUAGAAUGAUGGGUGCACAUUUUUAUAGAAGUGGUGAAACUAUUAGUAGACAAUUUCAUGCUUGUUUGUUAGCAAUCUUAAAGUUACAUGAUAUUCUUCUUAAGAAACCAACACCAAUACAAGAGGAUUGCAACGAUGAAAGAUGGAAAUAUUUCAAGAACUCAUUAGGUGCCCUUGAUGGUACAAUGAUUCUAGUGAAUGUUCCUUGUGAUGAGCGAUCCAAAUAUCGGACUAGAAAAGGUACCCUUGCUAUGAAUGUAUUAGGAGUAUGUUCACCCGAGAUGGAAUUUAUAUAUGUCUUACCUGGUUGGGAGGGGUCGGCACACGAUGGUCGGAUUCUUCGAGAUGCUAUUUCUAGGCCUAAUGGGUUGAAAGUUCCAAAAGGUUGUUAUUAUCUAUGUGAUGGAGGAUAUACUAAUGGAGAAGGAUUCCUUGCACCCUAUAGAGGGCAUCUUUAUCAUCUUAGAGAAUGGAAUAAUGGCCCCCGACAACCCCAAACCGCCGAAGAAUAUUUCAACUUAAGGCAUGCAAAAGCUAGAAAUGUGAUUGAGAGAUGCUUUGGAUUACUCAAGGGAAGAUGGGGGAUUCUUAGAAGUCCUUCUUGGUUUAGUUUACAAACACAUGGUCGAAUUGUACUUGCUUGUGCUUUAUUACAUAAUUUGGUAAAGAGAUACAUGCUUGCAGAAUUUGAUGAUGAGGACUUGUUUGAGGAAAAUGAUAGUGAUAAUAAUGAUGGUGAUGAUAAUGAUGGUGAUGUUAAUGAGGAAGAUGAUGUGGAGUACAUAACCUCCAUUGCUGUAACCGAUCCAUGGACGAAUUUCCGAAAUACAAUGGCCCAAUAUAUGUUCAAUGAUUGGAGGGCUAGACAACGCAGACUUACUUUGUGA